AUGACGAGCUAUCUCAAUACCCAUUUGGCACUACAACAGAUGCGGGAUACUGCCAAGCAUUCGGGUGAACAAGGACCUCGUGUACUAGUGAUUGGACCCCAUGAUGUUGGAAAGACUUCUUUAUGCAAGAUCUUGGCAAGCUAUGCAUUGCGACAAGGUGAAAAGCCCAUCUACGUUUCAUUGGAUCCCAGCGAAGGCACCAUCACUAUGCCAGGCACCGUUACAGCUACGACGAUCAGCAAUCCCAUUGAUGUGGAGGAAGGUUUUGGUUCAUCAGCAACUACAGCAGCAUCGCUUGGAUCAUCCAUGAUGCCAUUAGCUUACUACUAUGGCUAUGAGAACCCCGGCGAGAACGUCAAGCUAUUCAAAAUGGAGAUUUCACGCCUCGCACACACCGUCAAAUGUCGAAUGGCAUCAGAUAGCGAAAGUCGAACAUCGGGUUUUGUGAUUGACACAGCAGGUCUGAUUGAUCACGUGGGAUAUGAUUUGAUCCAGCAUGCUAUUGAACAAUUUUCAGUCAAUGUGGUGAUUGUUUUGGGACACGAGCGUUUAUACAGUGACAUGAUGCGUAUCUUGAAGGAUCAAGUUACAGUGGUCAAGCUAAGCAAAUCAGGAGGUGUGGUUGAGCGAGAUCGCCAAUUCAAGACCGAGCUUCAACGUAGCAAGAUCCAUGAAUACUUUUAUGGCACUCUCAAAUGCGAGCUAUCCCCUUAUUCGAUGCUUGUCAACUUCGAUGACGUGACGAUUUGGCGUGUAGGCGAAGCUAUAGCGCCAUCCUCCGCAUUACCCCUUGGCAUGGAUAGUACAGUGACUGAGACACAAGUGAUUAAGGUUGAGACGCAUGAAAUGUGCUUGCACUCGAUUAUGGCUAUCCUGAAUGCAGAUCCAAGUGAGCACGAAAGCAAGCUUUUGGAUACCAACAUUGCUGGAUUUAUCUACGUAUCGGAUGUCGAUGAAGCCAAACAAAAGUUGACUAUUUUAUCUCCCGCACCUGGUCGUUUGCCAAGGAGGCAUUUGCUGAUGGGAUCGUUCAAGUGGAUGGAAACUUAG